CAGCCACUCUAACCCUCACGCAGGCUAAAAGCGCCCGGAAUAUCGUGGCCGGGGCAUCUAGCGACGUCAAUCCCUCACAACGUGCACCACCACGGCGCGGAUGCCAUAACCCAGCGUUUUAUUUUGGCUAGACACCGGUUGCUGCGCGUGAAUUGCUCUCGAGAGCGCGAAGCGGAUGCCGCUUGUUUGGUGCUUUCCUUGCACCGGUGUCGGGAUACGGCUUCCGAGCUGAGGGCGGGUUGGGUGGCUCCUGGGUUUGGUAGGAUGGGUUUUUCUUCUUCUUCUUCUUCUUCUUCUUCGUCUUCUUCUUCGUCUUCUGAGUGGAGUAUUUAAGGAGAGGGUCGCUUCUUUCAUUGUCCGGCCAUGGCUACGCCGUCUCGUCUGUCUCUUGUUGUCCUGUCGUGUCCGCUUCUGCGCUCCGCUGUGCGUACGCCUACUACCCGUUUUGGCUGCUCGACGAACACCACCACCGUCAUGUCUAUACCGUCCUUGUCUUUCCUUCGUCAUCCUGUCCGCGCCUACCACGACCAGCAUACGAGCUCGGACAAGGACUCGGACUCAGACCCCAACGCGUCCGUCACCACCACCACGAUCCCCUCCCGCCUCUACAAAGCCGACGAAGCGCCCUCCCUCGCCGAACUCGCCGCCCUCUGCAACCAGCCCAUCACACAACGCGACUACCCCCUCAGCACCACCAUCUCAUCCAACAUCCCACUCUACGACCUCUCGCGCUUCUCCCCCAGCGACAACAGCAGCGUCUCCCAUCUCCAAGACGAAUGGGCACACAACCUACUCUCCGGCCCCGGCGUCUUCGUCGUGCAAAACCUGUACCCAGACCCUUCCGUCAUCGCCGCCGCCAACACGGCCUUCGACCUUAUCCUAGCCGUCGAGUCCUCCUCCCCAACAAACGUCAAGGGCGACCACUUCGCCGCCUCAUCCGCCAACGCCCGCAUCUGGAACGCGUUCGGCAAGCACGCGCUCGCGGCCCCGGAGUCCUUCGCAACCUACUACAGCAACCCCUGGCUCCCGGCCAUCGCUGCCGCCUGGCUGGGCCCCGCGUCCCGCCUGACCGCGCAACUCAACAUUGUCCGCCCCGGCGGCGCGCCCCAGACCCCCCACCGCGACUACCACCUCGGCUUCCAGUCGGCAACUUGCGCCGCCGCGUUCCCGAAACCCCUCCACGCCGCCUCCGCGCUGCUGACGCUGCAGGGCGCCGUCGCGCACAGCGCCAUGCCGCUCGCGAGCGGGCCGACAAGGUUCCUGCCCGGCAGCCAGCGCUUCGCCCAGGGGUACAUGGCGGCGCGCCGGCCGGAGUUUGCCGAGUUCUUUGAAAGAAACUGGGUCAGUCUGCCGCUGGGGGUCGGGGAUGGGGUUUUCUUCUCCCCGGCGCUCAUGCAUGCGGCGGGUAGGAAUGAGACGGAAGAUCUCCAGCGCAGCGCCAAUUUGUUGCAGAUUAGUGCGGCGUUUGGGAAGCCGAUGGAGAGUGUGGAUGCGCUGCCUAUUGUUAAGGUGGUUUGGCCGUAUGUGAUGGACAUGGCGAAAGCCGGUACACGUGAGAGCGAAGUCCAGGUCGAAGCGCUCCUCUCCCACCUCGGCGAAGGCUACCCCUUCCCGACGAACCUGGACCGGCGGCCCCCCGGGCCGGGCGGCAUGGCGCCCGAGAGCGAGGUCGAGGUGCUGCGGCGGGGGGUGCGGGAGGGGUGGGGGACUGCGGAGGUGGUGGCGCAGUUGGAGGGGAUGAGGGAGGCGGGGAGGGCGUAGGGGGUGUGGUCUUCUUUUUAGUUGUGGACUUCCGUCCAGUCAGCUAGGUAGGUAGGGGUGGUAUAUUGUAGU